AUGCGGGCGCACCAUUUGCUGCUGCUCCAAUUCCCAAUUCCGUGGGGCCUCUGCUGCCACCAGCGGCAACCUCUCGGCUUCCGGCUGUAUCACGAUGCAGUGGCCGCCACCGCCUCUGCUGCUGCUGCGACUGCCGCAAUCCUUGCGCAUUGGAGUCCCUUGCUGAUUGGUGGCGCGGCUGUAGCUUCUGCAGAUGCACCCUGCUCUGGAUCCACGACAGCGGUUGCUGCGGAUGCCACCGUCGCUGCAGCUGCAGGUGGCGAUGAGGGGGCGGCCCUUUCCAUGAUAGCGCACGAGCGCUUGCAAAAGCUAUCCACAGUGGGUAUAUGUCGCCUGGGCGAAACCCGAGAGGAACGUCUGCAGGCCGCCGUAAGGGAACAGCUGUGUGCCAUCUAUCGCAUGCAGCAUCAUCCCAUAUUUAAUUUAAUAGUGCGAGCCCAAACCCUCCCUCCCUAA